AAUCCUUUGCGGGGAAAGGCCGUAGCUCCCGAGCCGCCGGAUCCCAUAGGCUUCGGGAAAGUGUCGCGAGACCUCGCACGAGUGCCGAAGGAGCUCGAGCCGAAAAGAGGCACCCGAAAGGAAGCGGAAAUUUACAGUCGGAGGGGUAAAACAGGCUGUGAAAACACAGGGCUUUGGUGAGCGCGUCGAGUAAGGUGUUUCGCGACGCGGAGAAGGACGCGGAGUGUGCGUCGGCGAAUCUGGCUGGGUGAUCGGGUUGGUGACCAAAAGGGUUCAACUUUAUGCCAAGAGUUGGAUCUCAACAAGCUGGUUGUGGACCAGAGAGAGAACCAUCCUAGGAGUCUACGCACACAGGUGUGCAUCGUCCUGUACCAUGGAGGCCGUUGCCAAAUACGACUUUAAAGCUACAGCUGACGAUGAGCUCAGUUUCAAACGAGGGGAAAUACUAAAGGUUUUAAAUGAAGAAUGUGACCAGAACUGGUAUAAGGCGGAGCUUAAUGGAAAAGAUGGCUUCAUUCCCAAGAACUACAUCGAAAUGAAGGCACAUCCGUGGUUCUUUGGAAAGAUCCCCCGGGCAAAGGCGGAGGAGAUACUGAACAAACAGCGGCACGACGGGGCCUUUCUCAUCCGUGAGAGUGAGAGUGCGCCGGGAGACUUCUCUCUCUCCGUCAAGUUUGGGAACGAUGUCCAGCACUUCAAAGUGUUGCGUGACGGAGCAGGAAAGUACUUCCUCUGGGUGGUCAAGUUCAAUUCACUAAAUCAGCUCGUGGACUAUCACCGGACCACUUCGGUGUCACGGAACCAGCAGAUCUUCCUGAGGGACAUAGAGCAGGUUCCUCAGCACUCCACAUAUGUGCAGGCGCUGUUUGACUUCGACCCCCAGGAGGAGGGUGAGCUCGGCUUCCGGCGCGGAGACUUCAUCCAGGUGCUCGACAACUCUGACCCCAACUGGUGGAAGGGGGCGUGCCACGGGCUGACGGGCAUGUUUCCCCGCAACUACGUCACACCGGUCAACCAGAACAUGUGAUUGCAACAACCCACCCCGCACCCCCCCCACAGCCCAUCUCCCCCCCCCACCCCACUCCCUCCAGAACGACAUCCAGAGUGCUAUGGAAUAAGGCAAAGCUUGCCGUAGAAAGAGGAGUUGUGGCGUGGCCGUGUCCUUCUGGCGCCACAGGCAGACCGGCCGCCUCACUGAGAACGGUGGAUAUCAGUGAGUGCAGGCAGUCCGGUCGGGCCUGGAGAAACACUAUUGAGACUAACAUGCCAGAGAGAGUGCAUGAGAGAAAGGACUGGUUUUAUCUAGACGCCAAACACUUUUUCCAUGUGGUUUUUUUUUUUUUUUUUCCCUCCCCCCCCCCCCCAACUCCUUGCCUUCAGUUGUCUGUUUCCACAUGUCGAUCAGCUAAAAUUCAAAUAAUAAUGUUCAUACAAAUACAGUAAAAAAGGCAAAUAUUUAAGAAUACAAAGGGUAAGGAAGGCUUGAUGCCCGGGACUCACCUGGGCAUUGAUAAAUCAGCUUUCAGCUUUGUCAGUGAAUACCAUUCAACAUGUAUGUAUUGGUUUCUCCGAAGUGUGUGCGUGUGUGCAUGCACCUUUUUCUCUUCACCUGGCUUGACUGUAUUUUCCCCCCUGUUUCUUUGUCUGACGUGUAUGACAACCCUUGUGGUGUUGGUCUGGAUGAAAUCCAGCAGCUCUAGGUCUGAGUGAAAGGCACGGAGUUGAAACUGCUCUGGAUUCUCCAAGUGCUCGUUUUUAUGAAAGGUGUGUAGAUCUGACUCUUGUUAAGGAGGCACUGUGGUGGUGGUGUUCUUUUUGACGAGCAAAGUGCCCGUUUCAUGGUUUUGGAGGUUCUCUAUGGAGACACUGACAGAACCAGUUGUGUUUCAGCCAGCGUACUGGAUUUACCGUGCUGGAUUUGCUGCACGGAUAUGAAUGUAACUGUAUUACUUCUUGCAUGAUGAAACAGAGGGUCAGUUCACACAACUGCAGAAAAGUUCAGACAAAUUGAUAUUGUAAUGUUCCCUGGCAUCCCAUAUUCACUUCCUAUAUAUACAUACAUACACACACACACACACACACAUUUAUACAUCUGCAUUUUCAAUCUGAUGUCCUGUUUUAACUACACACAUUUAACACAACUGCUCUUUCAAUAGCCAUUGAUUGGCUGGCUGGGAUCCUGACACCUGCCAUGAUGUUAACAGAAGAUCAGCUUCAUCGAGCAUGUGGUCGAGUGCAUUUCCUCUGUCAUGUCAGCACUGACAUGUAUCUGCUCUCCCUGGAAUAGUGCCUUUUCCAUUUCCUGGUGCUUCAGCGUGCGUCCCCAGCUACACAGUGGAAAAACCCUGUAAAUAUCCCUCCUUUUUAUUCUCCAGCCACUGUUUUCCCUAGCUGUCAACCACGUUCUUUUAAUUUAUGUGUUCUGCAUCAUCUCCUGAUUAUACUUAAUGACUUUGCAGUGUCUUUUUUGUUUUUGUUCCUAUAAUAAAGACUCUGAUACACAAGCGCUUCAG